AUGGUUUUGCAUUUCGUCCUCACAGCCUGGACAGUUUCGAUAGUUUCGGUGCUGGGCCAGGUUCAAAGCCGCGAGGAUGCUUUGCUCUGUGCAGCUGAGCCCUGGGGGCGUUACUCCGCAAGUGGCGGCCUGUACACUGCCAGUGGCGUGCAGUACAUUUAUAGCUUUGGGGGAGAUACGAGAAGCCACGGGGACGAGCGUGGAGGCGUGGUCAGCACCAACUGGCGAUUUCGGCUGGGUGGAAAUGGAACAAAGUGUUGGGAGCGAGUUGCAGACAGCCCUGCUGCCGUGGGCUACCGCAGCACAGCUACAGCGCUGAAUGACCAUGUCUACCUCUUUGGCGGCGGCGACACCAGCUUUGCUGCCACGGGCCAUUUCUGGCGGUACUCGCUGCUUGGCGACAGCUGGGAAGAGAUGCUUCCUUCGCAGGUUGUGGGCCCUUGGCCUUCAGCACGCUACAAGCACGCCACGGUUAAGAUCUCAGAGACACGCAUGCUGCUUCUGGGUGGUCGGAGGGACGCCACUGUCUUGUCUGAUGCAUGGUUGUUUGACCUUGAUCAGAUGGCCUGGUCGUUGGUAGGCGACAGCAUCUUGCAGGUUUAUCGCCAUGGCAUGGCCUAUGAUCCACUUCGGCAGGUCGUGUGGAUCCAUGGCGGCCUCGAUGGGAAUAGGCAGCGCUACGGCACGCAGCUGUGGCGCUGGAACAUUUCAACGUUCGACUCGUCGCACCUUGAGCUUGCUGAGCUUGUUCCGACGACGGGCCCCGGGCCCAGCCGUUUGGCAUCACAUGCCGCUGAGUACAUCCCAGAGCUCGACGCUUUGCUUUUUUGGGGUGGCACAUGCUCCGAUGACGCCCAGCUGUACCUCUACGAUAUUGCAAGAAGUGCUUGGUGUGCAGUUUAUGCCGGAAACCGCCCUGACCGGCGAGAUGCCAUGAUUUGGGCAUUGGAUUACCCCAGAUUCUACGUGGCCCAAGGGGAUCUGAUUUGCCACAACUUCGGAAUCUAUCCCAUCGUUGAUGUGCAUGUCUUCGACUUUGCAGCUCCUUGGGCGGGCUGGCAGAUGCUGUACGAGCCACGGAAUGAGCGUGGCACCGGUGCUGAGGCAUAUUGUGACGGCACCAACAGGGGAUCUUGUCAGCCACAGCCGUUGCUUGCAGAGAGAGGAACUCGCAUCAGCCAGCCCGCUGGAUGUGAGAGCGGCUUCAUGGAUUCCAUCUCGACCUGGGCGAACACAUCAACAACAACAACUGUAGCGGACGAGGUUUCAAGUACAUCCAGUCCAGCUUUGUCCCGAGCUUCGGCAAACGCCGGCAGAGCCGCCGUCGUGUCUGCUUGGGUACUUUCGGCUACAGCUCCGCUUUCGCAAUAG